UGGAUGUUAUUUCACUUUUUUUUAUAGUGGGUUCAAUGUGACAAAUGUGAAGCUUGGCAACACCAAAUUUGUGCAUUGUUUAAUGGUAGAAGAAAUGAUGGUGGACAAGCCGAGUAUACUUGCCUAAAUUGCUAUGUAGCAGAAGUUGAAAGAGGGGAGCGCAAGCCAUUACCACAAAGUGCUGUCCUUGGAGCAAAAGAUCUACCAAGAACCAGUUUGAGUGAUCACAUUGAGAUGCGGUUAGCAAGGCGACUAAAACACGAAAGACAAGAGAGAGCAAGUGUUCAAGGAAAGAGUAUUGAUGAGGUUCCUCGAGCAGAAGGACUUGUUGUAGGAGUAGUUUCAUCUGUGGACAAAAAGUUGGAUGUAAAGCCACAGUUUCUUGAGAUUUUCCAAGAGGAAAACUAUCCAUUGGAAUUUCCAUACAAGUCCAAGGUAUUACUCUUGUUCCAAAAGAUUGAAGGGGUAGAAGUAUGUUUAUUUGGCAUGUAUGUUCAAGAAUUCGGAUCAGAAUGCCAGCAACCAAAUCAUCGGCGUGUUUAUCUUUCAUAUCUGGAUACGGUUAAAUAUUUCAGACCAGAGGUGACAACUGUGACUGGAGAAGCUCUCCGUACAUUUGUGUACCAUGAAAUUUUGAUCGGAUACCUGGAAUAUUGCAAAAAAGCGGGGCUUUACAAGUUGUUAUGUAUGGGCUUGUCCUCCACUAAAGGAUGAAGAUUCUAUCUUAUAUUGCCAUCCAGAAAUC